AUGAUUUUGACCCCAAGAGGUUCACCAAAAAGUGUUGGAAAAAAAGGUAUGAGGAAUGCUUGUCCUGUUUUCAAGCUGGUGCCGGAGGGCCAUAGUUUAAUUCAAGCAUGACAUCAUGCUUGUUCAUACAGGGGUCGAAAUUCCCGCUAUUCUGAAUAUAGUAAAAUGCCUGACGGAAUAGUAAACUUUAUGAUCACAGUAUUCCGUUUGUAUAGUAGAAAAAAUUGUGGUACCAAAUAUCGACAAGCAAGGGUUUUCCUCCUGUAUAAAAAUCCCUUUAUACCGGACUUUGAGCCACUGUUUCACUUCAUAGCUAAGUUCUUGUUUGCUUGCAGUACUUGCAUAUUCUAAUUUCUUUGCAGCAAUAUUAACUUAAUUAACUUUCCUACAAUAACAUGACAGUCAGACAGACUGCCACCGGCCUGCCCUGUCGUCAAAAACAACUUUAGCGUUUAGUUUUUAGGACUCAAACAUUAUACAAAAUGUGGCGGUAUGUAUCGGGCGUAGAAGAUGUAUAUUAAUGUACAUGAAUAGAUGAUUCAGAUUAAUAGUUAAUUACUGAAUGAUUCAUUGAAUGUGAGAUGUUUUGUUUUUUAUUAAUAAUUUGUUCAUCACUGUACAGAGCAAUGCACUGUACAUGUUUAUUUUUUGUUAUUCAAUUAUUCAGUUCACUAGUUUAGGAGUCUCAAGGAUGAUUUCACGAAAAUCAGAACAUUAGCGCGGACCCUGCAUGAACAGGCUCUCAGAAACAGUAAAUUAAAGAAUAGUGGAUCUUCAGACGGAAUAGUAAAUUUCAAAAUCUACUAUUCCGGCUGUAUAGUACAAAAAAAUUUAAAUUUCGACCCCUAUCAUACCAUUUUCUAUUAUUUUAUAGCUUCAUUUACACACCCAAAUAGUUGUAAGACACGAUUGUCUUUUGAAGGUAUUGUAAAAGAAACUAUUAUGUAAAGCAAGAGAUAUAUUUUCUAUUUUGAAACCUAAUUAGUUACAUUGUACAUGUCAAUUGUGUUACAAUACAUCUCCUGGAUUGCAUUAGACAUCCCAAAAACAAAAACAAACCAUUGCAAAACAAUGCAAAUUGCAUUUGAAACAAUACCUGUUAUUAAUAAUAUUUUAAAAUCUAUAGUGCUGUAAAAAAUAAAUAUAAUGGCGACAUAUAUAAACAUGCAAUGUAUUGUCAUAUCAUCACGUAUAACUAUACAUUUAUUAAUUUAGGAGUUAAAACAGGUAGUAGCAGUGUUUCUACUUCAAAUAUAGACAGUAUUAUGGAUGAAUUUGGAGCAAUGGAAAUUGUAGGUGUGUAUGAUAUUAUAGCAAAUGUUUGUCACUUCAAAAAAUCCAUAGUGUAUCUAAGUAUUUAAUUUGUUUGUUUAAGGGUUUACACAUUAAGUAGCCUUUCUCACGCUGCCAUUUUUGUGGUACUACCUUUUCCAGAUCUAAGAUUGUAAUCAAUGAAUAUGGGAUUUGUAUAACUAUUGUUGCGAGUAUAGUCAUUAUAAGUUAAUUUACAGUUAAACAUUUGAAAAAUUGCUUUCACAUCGCUUAGAUUUUUCACCAAUCAUUUACAAAAAAGUACCCCAAAAAUGGCAAAUUUGGCCUUCAUGAGAAAGGCUAAUUAACAUUUGUUGGGCUGAUUUCAGGUUUUGCUGACUAUUAAUGAUAGUUUACAUACAUGUCAGUUGUUGAUCAAUUCAGAUGAUGUAACCGCAUACAUUUCAAAUAUCAUUGAUUUAAUUAGAACCAAAAUUGUCCGACAAAUGGCUACACUGCAGUACUAUAAAAGUUGUUGUUGUUCUUGAUGUUGUUGUCAUUUGUGGUUGUCGUCAUCAUUCAGGGCCGUUGCGAAGGGAUAUGGAUUGGGGGGGUGUCGAAGGUCAAAUUGCCAAGUGACGCUAGUUGAAUUUGCCGAGUUUUUCAAAAGUUUGUAAAGGUUAGAUAUAGGUAAUGAGAAUCAUAUUGGUGUGCUGGUAACUGAGGGACACCAAUAUGGCUCUUGUUUUGAAAUGGAUGCCUGUCCGUGGGUUGUUGCUUUAUAUUAAACAUAUAAAGCUGAAAAAUAUUUAAAUUUAACAUAAUUUCACAAGUCCUAAAUCCAGACUGAAACUAUGUGCACACGAGUCACGUUUUUGAGCGUUUUUGCAGUGCCGUUUUCAAAUUAGCGUUUAGGCGCCUUGUUCACAUUGAUCGUUUUUCUCGCAACAUUUUCUGAGAAAGCACUAGUUUUUUAUAGUCUUCGUUUCCAAAUUCAAACACGGAAUUUCAUUUUCGCCUUCUACUUUUCUGUUUACACAAUAACAAAGUGCCAAAACGACGAAACGUUUCAGACAUAGAGAACGAAUGUUUGGCAUCGUUUUCACUAUUCGAAACGUUUUUGCUUCCUGACGUCGUUUUCAUACGUUUUCGUGUGAACAGAACGUACAUGAAAAUGGCACUUUCAGUUUGAGAAAUUAACGCAUUAAUUACAACCAAAAACCGAAAAACGCUCGGAAACGGUAUGGUGUGCAUAUAGUCUGAGUAACGAGUGUCUUAGACUGUGGUGCAGACGCGCAUCUCCGCAAAGUCAGAAAAGUUAUCCAAGUAUUACCCUGGUUCCAGAGGUUUAUUUUUAUUAUUUUCAUUGCAAAGGGGAGAGGAAAAAUAAACCUCUGGUUGAAAGCGGCAAUUAAUUCAUUGAGCCGCGCCAAUCAGUUUGAAUUAGGGUCAGAUCCUGACUCUGUCUCCUGAUUGGAUGAUCGUAUUAAAGCUCUCUGAUUGGUUAUAGAUGUUCUAUUUGAACCAAUCAGAGGACUUUAAGUCUUUAAUACAAUCAUCCAAUCAGGAGACAGAGUCAGGAUCUGAACCUAAUUCAAACUAUCGAUCAAUUGGCGCGGCUCAUUGAAUCAAUUGCCGCUUUCAACCAGAGGUUUAUUUUUCCUCUCCUCUUCGCAAUGAAAAUAAUAAGAAUAAACCUCUGGAACCAGGGUAUCCAAGUAUCUGCAUGUGAUUGCAUUGAUAUUUUGUUUCAAUAUUUUCAUGGCAAUUUGAUGAAUUUGACCUUUUUUAUCCCCAGGCGUCGAAUAGACAAUUUAUAAUAUUUUUUGUAUUUUGAGCAGUCUUUAAAACUCUUAGUGCCGGAUAGUGUUAACUGGGCUUUUGUGCCUCUUACGGUAAUCGUUGGGCCGUAUGGUAGAUAACUUUUAUGGUUAAUACGUUUUCCCUCGUAAAAUAAAUAAUAAAGUUUCUAUAGUCGUCAAAAAUCGAAUUACAUUCAAGACACUAAAGUUUUAUUCUUUUUCUUUUGGGUUUUGAACCGCGCAUAAUUGAUAAAGAGCCUUCGCUAUAAGAGCAGUUGAGCGAAGAACAUGCCCGGAAACGUGGGUUUCACAUUUCAGCCUCCCGUCGAUUUUCGACAAAUAAAAGACUAAUAGUAUUACUAGAAAAUAGAAAUACAUUUAAAUGGUAUAAGGCCACACAAACCAUUAUUUUAAAUCCAAAAUUUAUUGCUUUAUUUAUCGCCUUCGUUCUUAACUUUUACAAUUUACUGAAUGCCGAAUUCGCAAUCUGCCGAACAGUAACGAAGCAAUUUGCCGACUGGGGCCGACUUGCGAAAAUUAUUGGGGGGUGAAGCACCCCCCCGCUCGCGACGGCCCUGUCAUCAUUGUUGUUGUUAGAAAUUAUUUUCAAAAAUGUCUGUUAAUGAAAUUUUGACAAAUGUGUAGUGCGUAUAUAUUUUGUAGAUGAAUCACACUCAACAGUUGAAUCAACAAGUGACACUCAACUUGCACUUCAGGCCGAAGUGCCAUGUUUCCAAGAUAAACCCCAAAAUGCUGAAGAGGCAACAUGUUUGGAUGAGUUUUCUAGUCAAAACAAGGAACUUAAGAAGCACAUUAAAACUGUUACGGAUCAGUUUUCAGAAUAUGUGGCAUUGUCUGAGAAAAUCAUUGGCAAACAAAGCUAUAUCAUAGAACUUUACCAUCACAUUGUCACCAAUGGUGGAACACUUGGGGGGCUGCUGUCAUUGUCAGAAAGAUGUGAAAUAACAAAUGAGAUCAAGAAAGUUAGAGGCAUAUUUAAUCUGGGAAUUAGAAUAAGGAAGUUAAAGAUCUUGUGCCAAUUUUUAAACCAACACUUUUUAAUACCUUGA